CUUCAUAAUAAUCCACCAAAUCAAAUAAACAUAGCUGAUGCUAGAUGUUUACCAGCAUAUCUUGAAAGGCAUAUGAUGGUUCUUAAGAAUGCAAAUACAGGAGAUUUUGACAAUGCAGUCAAGUGUAAUAUUUUAAAAUCUAUGAUAGAAGUAGCAGACAAUAAUGCACAAGUUUUAGGAUUUCUUAAAAGUUAUUUAACAGAGUGUGGGCAAAAUUUGAGUGGAAGGAUCUCAGAAAAAUCAAUUACCCCAGCUUCUCAACAGCAAGAGCAUACAAUUUCUUUAGAAAAUAUACAAAAAGCAGUCCAAAAUGCACUAGUGCAACAAAAAACUAAAAACCAGACAUUAAUAAAGAAAGUUACAGAAUUAGAAUCUCAAAUGGCUAAGCAAACUGCUCCUCAAACUGUUGAACCAGUUAAACAGCCAAAAGGUAUAUUUAGUACAGAAGAUUUAGAGAGAAAUUAUCCUAUAAAGCCUUUUCAAAAACCUUAUAAUUAUGAGGAUGAUAAAGGUGAAUAUAAUGAGGAAGAAAAUAGAUGGCAUGCUCUAUCUCAGUUAGAAAAAAAAACAAGUACUACUGAUAAGCCUUCUGACUUUGCUAUAAAGGGCAAUUUCAAACAUAUAUCUGAAUCAUUAGAAUGGUAUAUAGAUGUGCCAAUUAGUGUAAAGGACAAAGAUGAUAAGAUUGUUAUGUCUACUGGAAAUUUUGCUCAUAUUAAUAAUGGUGAAUCUGAGCCAAUGCUAUGCAUAGGGGUUAGUAAACCAGAGCAACAAACAUUAGAUAUGCAUAAUGGUGAAGACUUAAAAAUAUGA